GGAACUCCUCUUCAGUCUGAUUCUUUUCCCAGGCAGGACAGUGAGGCUCCAGGAGCUGAGCCCAGCGUGCCAAGGCCCUCUGCUAGAGGCCUGCCAUGGCACCUCUGAAGCCCUUUCUCAUACUAGCCUUGCUGGCGUGGGUUUCUCUGGCUGACCAAGAGUCAUGCAAGGGCCGCUGCACCCAGGGCUUCAUGGCCAGCAAGAAGUGUCAGUGUGAUGAGCUCUGCACCUACUAUCAGAGUUGCUGUGCUGACUACAUGGAGCAGUGCAAGCCCCAAGUGACACGGGGGGAUGUGUUUACUAUGCCGGAAGAUGAGUACAGGACCUACGACUAUCUGGAGGAGACCAAGAAUGAUACCAGCACCCCCGUCCAACCGGAGACCACAACCACCUCUCUAAAUCCUCACCAGCAGCUCCAAACUGAAGGGACUUCAGAGACAACACCUCUGAAGGAACAGGCUUCUACACUUGGGGCAAGCACCGGGGGGCCCGAAGUGGGGCACCAGGAGGUGCCUGGCACCACUGAGCAAGGGACCCCCGAGCUUCUAGAGGAAGAGCUGUGUAGUGGGAAGCCCUUUGAUGCCUUCACGGACCUCAAGAACGGCUCCCUCUUUGCCUUCCGAGGGAAGUACUUCUAUGAGCUAGAUGAAACAGCAGUGAGGCCUGGGUACCCCAAACUCAUCCAAGAUGUCUGGGGCAUCGAGGGCCCCAUUGAUGCUGCCUUCACUCGAAUCAACUGUCAGGGGAAGACCUACCUUUUCAAGGGUAGUCAGUACUGGCGCUUUGAGGAUGGCAUCCUGGACCCUGAUUUUCCCCGAAACAUCUCUGAAGGCUUCAGUGGCAUCCCAGACAAUGUCGAUGCUGCUCUAGCCCUUCCUGCCCACCGUUACAAUGGCCGGGAAAGGGCCUACUUCUUCAAGGGGAAGCAGUACUGGGAGUAUGAAUUCCAGCAGCAGCCCAGCCAGGAGGAAUGUGAAGGAAGUUCCCCAUCGGCCGUGUUCGAACACUUUGCUUUCCUUCAGCGGGACAGCUGGGAGAACAUCUUUGAGCUCCUCUUCUGGGGCAGAGGCUCUGAUGGCGUCAGAGAACCCCAGUUCAUCAGCCGGGACUGGCACGGUGUGCCAGGGAAAGUGGACGCUGCUAUGGCUGGCCGCAUCUAUAUCUCAGGCUCCACAUCCCCCCCCGUCCAGCCCAAAAAGCCGAAGCGUAGGCGUGGAAGCCGAAAACGUUACCGUUCACGCAGUGGGCAUUGGCGCAGCCGAAGCCAGACCCCAAACUCCCGACGUCGUUCGCGUUCACUCUGGUUGUCUUUGUUCUCCAGUGAGGAGAGCGGGCUGGGAACCUACAACUACGAUUAUGAUAUCAACUGGCUCGUGCCUGCCACCUGCGAGCCCAUUCAGAGCGUCUAUUUCUUCUCCGGAGACAAGUACUACCGAGUCAACCUCAGGACGCGGACGGUGGACUCCGUGCACCCUCCGUACCCGCGCUCCAUCGCUCAGUACUGGCUGGGCUGCCCGGCCCCUCAGAAGUAGGCCCACACAGCAGAGCCUCCGGAACCCUGGCCUCCAGCCCUUCCUCCCAGCCCAAUAAAGCCUGUUGGCCCGGA